GAUACUUCCGGUAGGUCUGAUUGAACAGAAUGGAGUAUUAGAACACUGCUGGAUUCGAUUACAAUCUAAACUGCAGCCAGCCUGUCAUUUGUAUGUAUUGCUAGCCCUAUUGGGGUAAGGCUUUCAACCGUGGGGUGGUUGGCUCCCCAAUUGAUUGUUUUGCCUUGCUGAUUUGCAAGUUGUCGUUUUAUCGAACCAUUUCUUGGUGUGGCGAUCAAAUACACUUUGUCUGGCAAUGACUGCGAACAAAGCUUUGUGGCUGCUUCUCGUGCUUGAUCUUGUGGCAUCGGUGACUUCGUGCCCUUUGCAUUGCAGUUGUUAUUCGCACAUAGUCAGAUGCCAACGUCCUCCGGAUCAGAAAUUGACGAGCGUCCCUAAACAAGGCCUUCCAAUCAACACCAAGACUUUGGAUCUCAACGGUAACAGAAUAACUAAGAUUUCUGAGGAUGACUUUCAUGGUUUGCCGAAGCUCGAAAAUCUUUUUCUGAACAAUAACAACAUUAAAGAAAUUGCACCCGGAGCAUUUGCAAGACUGAAAAAGCUAAAACAUUUAUACCUCCAUGUCAAUGAUCUAGAAUAUAUCACUGACCAGAUGUUUGUUGGACUGUCAAAACUAGAGUAUUUAUAUAUUCAUCAGAACCGCAUUCAAUUGAUCUCAUCAAAUGCAUUUAUCGAACUCAGAAAACUGGAACGAUUGAGCAUGUGGAGCAAUGUUAUCCAGCACAUUAGCAGAGAUGUUCUCCAACCGCUUACCAAACUGAAGGAAUUGCGAAUGGACAACAAUCGGCUGGUUUGCAACUGUGAUUUGCUACUGGUGUUGCACGAGUACAGCGAGAGGCAUCAGCACCAGCCUGCAGUGGCCACUUGUUACGAACCCGAGAAUUUCAAAGGGAGAAUGAUAUCUACGUUACGGCUUGAGGAAUUUAACUGUAGCUACGAACACAAGAACGAGAUCGCUGAAGACGUCAUCAGUGCAGUCGGUGAGCAAAUCUCACUACGAUGCACUGUAAAGGGUCUUGCGAGGCAGGACAUUGUUUGGAGAAAAGAUGGUUUCGAGAUUCCAACAGACGGUCGAUUUACAGUUACCAGUGACGGCACUCUUGAUAUAAACUCUGUUAGUCAAGAAGAUAGUGGUACAUAUGAAUGUAAAGUUAGCAAUGGCUUUGGUGAAUCUGCUAUGAAAGUCAGACUGAACUUGGUAGAAAAUGAAGUCCGCCCUCGAUUUACACACCGGUCUGGUAAUACUGAGGCCAUAUCUGGAAAUGCAGUGAGGCUUCUAUGUCGGGUAAGUGGCUUCCCACGACCUCGAGUUACUUGGCGGAAAGACGGGAACAGCUUACGGCCGAACAGGAGACUUAAACUGCUUGCUAAUGGGGAUUUAGAGAUCAUGCCAGUGGUACAGGAUGACAACGGGUACUAUACAUGCGAAGCUAGAAAUCCUAUUGGGAUCAUAUCACAUACAGCCAGGAUCAUUGUUAAAGCACGGCCGAUUUUCCUCAAAAGCCCCCGGAAUGUUCAUGCAUUAGAUGGUGAAACAGUAACACUUGAGUGCCGUGCACGGGGAUACCCACAACCUGCAAUUGCGUGGAAUAAGAACGGCGAUCGUCUACCGUCUGAUGGAAGACAUAUUGUCCUGCCAUCCGGAACUUUGCGAAUUCUCUAUGUAAACAAACAGAACGAAGGGACAUACCAUUGUCAGGCUGUCAAUGUUAUUGGAGUCAAUUCCACCAGUGCAAGGGUGACUGUGUCUAACCGAGUACCCCCCAGAAUUCAUUCGAAACCUGACGAUGCUACCGUUCGUGCUGGCAACACUAUAUUUUUCCAAUGUGCUGCAUCUGGGGCUCCGAAACCUGUAAUAAGUUGGAUAAAAGACGGAGUUCAGGUAUCUAGUGGCAACAGAUACUCAGUAAAUUCAAGCACGGGAGUCCUUGAGAUUCGUGACAUCGGAAAGGAAGACGAGGGCCGCUGGGAGUGUGCUGCUAGGAACAGUAUUGGGUUUUCAUCAGAAGUAUUUGAGCUGCGUGUCAUAGGUUUGCGAGAUGGAAAUUACCAGGGUGACGAAUUUGUGAAGAACUCUGUCGAAAGAGCGCGUAUUGAAAUCGACCGUGCGAUUGAUGAAACGAAGCAGAAACUGACAACCUUUGUCCCGCGAACUGCUGGCGAUCUGUUAGCCUUGUUUCGAUUCCCGUCCCCCGAGGCCGUCCGUCUUGGCAGAGCUGCCGAAAUUUUCGAAACAGCAUUGAACUUCAUCCAAGAACAAGUUGAUUUCAAGAAUUUUGACAUUGGAAAGGAGGAAGACUUGCAUUCUAAUUUGAACAAUCUUGUUUCGCCAGAACAAGUUGCAAUGCUUGCGAAUUUAUCAGGCUGCACUGCGCACCAGAAUGAAGCGAACUGCUCCGAUUUAUGCUUUCACAUGAAGUUUCGAAGUUACGACGGAUCUUGUAACAACCUGAAGCAUCCAAUGUGGGGUGCCGCACUUACGCCUUUUGGCAGGCUUCUAAGUCCUAUUUACGAAAAUGGUUUCAACACACCUGUAGCUUGGAACAAUACGGAAGGAAAACCGAGUGCAAGGUUGAUCUCCAUGGAGGUUAUGUCGACGCUGAAUACGACCAAUGAUACUGAACUGACUCAUAUGGCAAUGCAGUGGGGACAGUUUAUCGAUCAUGACUUCACUUUUCAAGUGACAAGCCCAAACACUGCUAGAUUCACUGAUGGUGGACGCUGUGACGUUAGUUGUGAAAAGGAGCAUCCCUGUUUCCCAAUUGAAAUUCCGCGCAACGACCCGCGUAGCAAACGCCACAAAUGCAUGGAUUUUACGCGGUCCAGUUCAGUCUGCGGUAGUGGCUCAACGUCUGUCUUCUUCGAUGUUAUAACACCACGUCAGCAAAUAAAUCAAAUUACGUCAUAUAUUGACGCGUCAAACGUAUACGGCUCAACGAAGCACGAAUCGAUGGAGCUGCGCGAUCUCAGUAGUAAUUGGGGGCUGCUCAAAACUGGUUCGUUGGCUCCUAGCGGUAAGCCGUACCUACCCUAUAACACAGAUCUACCGGUCGACUGUCAAGUUAAUCGAUCAGAGACGACAAUACCUUGUUUCUUAGCUGGUGACCAUCGGGCCAACGAACAGCUAGGCCUGUUGUCCAUGCACACGUUAUGGAUGCGGGAACACAACCGUAUUGCAACCGAAUUGAGGCGUAUAAAUCCGCACUGGAAAGGUGAUGAGAUAUAUCAUAACGCGCGAAAGAUUGUUGGAGCUCAAAUGCAGCACAUUACCUUUAAAUGGUGGUUACCGAAGAUUCUUGGGAAAGAAGGAAUGGAAAGAAUUGGAAAUUAUGAACGCUACGACCCAACCGUUGACUCAUCUGUCUUGAAUUCGUUUGCUACUGCAGCUUUCAGAUUUGGCCAUUCUCUCAUCCAGCCCUUCCUCACCCGCUUUAAUGCGUCAUUUAUGCCAACGGAAGAAGGACAUUUGCCACUGCACAAAGCAUUCUUCUCACCAAAUCGAUUGCUCAGUGAAGGUGGCAUUGAUCCGCUUAUUCGCGGAUUGUUCGUCACAGCGGCAAAAGAACGACGAGAUACGGAUCAAGUCAUGAACACAGAGCUUACAAAUAGGCUGUUCCAGAUGGCGCAUGAUAUCGCAUUAGAUCUUGCAGCUUUGAAUAUCCAACGCGGUCGUGAUCACGCACUGCCUGGUUACAAUAACUGGAGAGAGUACUGUAACCUUCCGCUUGCGGCGACGUUCGACGACCUGAGCAAAGAGAUACCGAGCGAAGAAAUUCGCGAGAAGCUUAAGAGGCUAUAUAUUCACCCAGAUAAUAUUGAUCUGUUUGUGGGAGGAAUGGUGGAAGAUGUAAUACCAGGCACAAGACUUGGUCCUGUUUUCAUGUGUCUAAUUACUACGCAGUUCAAAAGGAUUAGAAACGGAGACAGAUUCUGGUAUGAGAACCCUGGGGUAUUUGAACCUGCACAGCUCACACAAAUAAAACAGUCAUCUUUGUCUCGGGUGAUUUGUGACAACAGUGACAAUAUAAGACACGUGCAAAAGGAUGUGUUCAAGGUUAUUCAGAGUCACGCUGAGUACCUGCCUUGUGAACGGAUUCCAAUUCUUGAUCUCAGCUUUUGGAAGGCCUGUUGUGACGAUAAAGAUUCAUGUACAAAUCGGGACAGUUCGUUUACAAUAUCCAACUUUUUACGAAACAAUGAAAACCAUCAGCGAUCUAAAAGAUCAAUUAAUCUGGAUGCUGAAAUGCCAAAGACUGAAAAAAAUGUUACAGAUGAAAAUCCUGGCAAUAAAGAGGGCCGUGAAGAGCAGGAGCCAGAAAUACAUGAAGAAGAAGAGCAUCCGCUUGAACAGAGUUCACUACAGGGAAGAGUGGAUCGCUUAGAAAAUGUUGUCUUAGAAAUUGCAGCCUCGCUGAGUAACAUUCAAAACGAGUUAAAGGGAAUGAAAAAAACUCUUGAAGAUGUAACAAAGAAGAAGCAUAAACAUUGUAAAGAUAAAAAUGGAUUAAAAAGAAAGAAUAAUGAAGUCUGGAAGGCAAAAGAUGGAAAACACUGCAUUUGUCACGACGGAAAAACACGUUGCAAAGGUUAAUAUUGAGGAAGAAAAUUCAUGAGCCAGAUGACUGACUGACCUCGAGAAAAAAAAACCAAAACUGGCGAUCUAUGUUUCAAGACGAGGGAAACAUUUUCUGGAGAAAGCGCAAAAUUGUUUUAAAUAUCUAUUACUUAAUGCUGACAUUUUUAACAGGUUUUUGAUAGUGUUUUAUAUUCCAUGCUCAUUCAAAUAUAUUGUUUUGAAUUUAUAAACGUUUCUCUUUUCAAUGUUUGUUAAUUGUAUGUAUGGCGUUUCGAUGUUUUUUUAAAAUUUACUCUUUUUGUAUACAAUACUCAAGGUGAUAAGAUAUUGUAAGAAAGCUUUUGUAUCAGUGAAAAGCAAGCAAAGAGUAUACCCUGA